GUACAUUUUACAUUAUUUUAAAGAUUUUUUUACUUUUUAUUUUUUUAAUUAAAAUGAAAAAUAAAAAUAAAUUAAAAUGAAAUACAAAAUAAAUUAAAAUGAAAUACAAAAUAAAUUAAAAUGAAAUACAAAAUAAUUUACAAUUAAAAUUAAAGUAAAAGUGAAUUUCACCAUGGCCGAGGGCUGCCACUACCAAAAUAUUCUUUAUAAUUGUUUUUUUAAUUAAAGUGAAAAAUAAAAAUAAAUUAAAAUGAAAAAUAAAAGUAAAUUAAAAUGAAAUACAAAAUACUGAUUUACAAUUAAAAUUACAAAGUAAAAGUGAAUUUCACCAUGGCCGAGAGCUGCCACUACCAUAAUGCACAGCGACCCGAGAGAAAUUCCCAUGGGCCGAGCAGUGGCCGAGCAGUGGCCGAGCGCUAUCAUAACAUCCCAUGAACCUUUGCCCGCGCGGAAGGCAACAUGGCGGAGAAAUGGCGAAAGUUCAAAGAAGAUAUGAAAAAAAAACGCUUGAGUGGGAAGAGCCAAAAAGGGAAAGAUGUUUCCAAACGUGAAAUAACUGUUCAAAUGUUAAGCGCGGACGUGUUGGGCAAGGCCCAAAAGUAUUCACGUAUCGGCCCAAGGGAAUUUGUCCAGUUAUAUGACGACGACGAUGAAGAUCUAGAUCGAUUUUAUACAAAAGAAGAGAUGACAAUUGAACGAGUGAAGGAUGCAUGCCUGAAACAUUUUGAACCGAAGGUUGGAAACAAUGUUGUAUGUGAUAUUCUUGCCGGUGAGCAAGGACCUUCCUGCGCAUCCUUGAAGCAAAUACCUAAUAUGAAUCUUAUAUACGUCAGAUUCAUAAACAAAAGCUCGACAGCAGAUGCGCCUGUAUUCGUUGAUGAUACUGACCCAGUUCAUCCGCAAAGCACAACUGUGAAACGAAAGGGCCCUAACUCUGUUCCAAGUCCAAAAAAAGCUAAAAUCUCAACACCAAUGCCCAAGAGUCUCUCGGUAACCCAUAUGUUGAAACUAGGUAAACUUAUAAACAAGUCUACCACCACCAUCCACUUGUAUGGAUUUAAUUUGGCAGAUAUGAGCUGGUCGUCUUCACCAAGGGCAGUUGAAUUUAGUGUUUCAGAAGAUGUGCUCGGAGAAGGUGCAUUCCGAAAAGCUUAUAAAGCAGAAUCAAAAGAUGAGAGCUUUGCUGGUUCAUGGGUAGUCAAAGAAUAUAAUGAAAAUGCAUUGGAUGUCAUUGCUGAGACCAAUCAAACUCUCGAAACCCAUACAAAGAAGGUUGUACAAAUGCACAGCUUAGCCCAGAACUUUGCAAGCCAACUGAAGACAAGUGUUGAGCAAAAUGUCAUGCAAGAAUCUUUUGGUGAUUGUUUCCAUUAUGGGAGUGUCUACUUAGGAAAGAAAGGUGACGAAUUUGUCACAGUUGAAGAGUUUGUAGAUGGAGAGUUUAGUAAGUAUAUAAACAAUGAUGGCACAUUGUGCAAGAAUGUCAACGAAGUUAUAUUACAGAAAGCAGAGUGUCUUUCUCAUUUUUCUUUUGAAAAAUCCAACAAUCAGGUAAUGGUGUUAGAUAUCCAAGGAUGUGGCUACUCCCUUGUAGACCCAGAAGUUGCAUCAUCUUCCCUCUUUGAUGAAAAUAAAGAAUUACUUUUUACCACAGGGAAUUUGUCAUUUGAAGCAAUUGCAAAAUUUAAACUCAUUCAUAGAUGUAAUGAGUACUGUGAGCUUCUGAAGCUUAAAGUACUUGUAUAGAAAGAAUACACAAACUGCUGUUAGGGGAAAGUAAUGAUGUAUCUUUAAAACAUUGUUCUUAUUUCAGUUUGGUGUAUAACAAGGACACCUAAAACUUGAUAUUAUCGACAUUAUCUGUUAGUUACUCUUAGAAGAUUCAUUAAUGUCUUUUAAGAACAUAUCAGACUUUAAAUCGCAUCCCUAGUAAUGUGGUAGCAAAGAGUGACUGGGCAAGCAUCUGUUUAACACCAGGUUAUAAUAAAAAAACUUUUAUGAACACAUUGGGCAAUUUAAUUCAAG